GACAUAAUUCGUUGCACGCGCAUUUUUAGUAGCUGUUGAAAAUGUUAUUUUAUUAUUUAUGUUAGGCCCGUAGAAAGUAACUAUGCAAAAUUUCGAUAUGAAUAUGGAUUUUUUAUUUGCUCUUCUUCCGUCGUCGAAUUUUGAAAUGACCAAUGAACAAUUAGCUUUGUGGCAGCACAAUGCAAUUUUCGAAUGUGAAUGUGAUAAUUUUAUAAACAGACGCAUCGAAGCUGACCGUCAGGAACGCAGUGCCAGGGGUUUUCAGAAUAGCUAUGAUGAGGCCAUAACAGCUGCCAUUCAACAACAUGGGCUAAGCCGACGCAGAAGAAGAAAUGACAAUGAUGGGGAUGGUGAAGGCAACGAAAGUAUUGAAGAAUCCAAUAAUGCAAUAAUGGUUCCACCACCCACAAGAAGAUCCAGAUCAAGGAUGAGGCCCUUGUAUUUCGAAGUCUAUGAAGAUGCUGUAGCAGAGGCCAUACGUGAAAGAGGUCUAGUCUUAAGGGGUAUUCCAUGAGUGAAGCAGGCGUUAAUUCUAUUCUUUUCACAUCUUAGAUUUUAAUGUGCAAUAAUUUCUAAAAUUAUUUAACACGUUUUGCUUCUUUUAAGAUAUUAAAACCUGUUAUAGAUGAUACAUACGUGUGUGUCAUACCGAUCUGGAA